AUGGCGUGGGGGUGGAGUCAUGGCAGACUAGAGCGUCAAGGAACAGGACAGCGGUCUUCAACUGGUGCAUCUGCUCCUGGCGUGCGCCGACUUCGUCUCCAAGGGGGACCAGCCAUCGGCGCUGCGCCACUUGCACCUCCUCCGCCGCGUGGCCUCCUCGCUGGGCGACUCAAUGCAGCGCGUCGCCUCCUACUUUGCCGACGCCCUCGCCGCCCGCCUCACCCUCUCCUCCAACCCGUCCUCCUCCUCCUCCGCCUCGGGCGGUGGCCACGCCACGCCGCGCGCGGCGCGCGGCGCGGCGCGGGCGCGGGCGUAGCGCCCUACACGUUCCCUCCGUCGCCGGACACGCUCAAGAUCUACCAGAUCCUGUACCAGGCCUGCCCCUACAUCAAGUUUGCGCACUUCACCGCUAACCAGGCCAUCUUCGAGGCCUUCCACGGCGAGGACCGCGUGCACGUCGUCGACCUCGACAUCCUGCAGGGCUACCAGUGGCCGGCGUUCCUGCAGGCGCUGGCCGCGCGCCCCGGCGGCCCGCCGACCCUGCGGCUCACCGGCGUCGGGCACCCUUCGGCCGCCGUCAGGGAGACCGGGCGCCACCUCGCCUCCCUCGCCGCGUCCCUGCGCGUGCCGUUCGAGUUCCACGCCGCCGUCGCCGACCGGCUCGAGCGCCUGCGCCCCGGCGCGCUCCAGCGCCGCGUCGGCGAGGCGCUCGCGGUCAACGCUGUCAACAGGCUGCACCGCGUUCCUGGCGUGCAUCUCGGCCCGCUGCUCUCCAUGAUCCGCGACCAGGCGCCCAAGAUCAUGACGCUCGUCGAGCAGGAGGCCGGCCACAACGGCCCCUACUUCCUGGGCAGGUUUUUGGAGGCGCUGCACUACUACUCGGCGAUCUUCGACUCGCUGGACGCGACGUUCCCGGCGGACUCGGCGGCGCGGAUGAAGGUGGAGCAGUGCCUGCUGGCGCCGGAGAUCCGGAACGUGGUGGCAUGCGAGGGCGCCGAGCGGGUGGCGCGGCACGAGCGGCUGGACCGGUGGAGGCGCCUCAUGGAAGGCCGCGGCUUCGAGCCUGUGCCGCUCAGCCCGGCCGCCGUUGGCCAGAGCCAGGUCCUGCUCGGCCUCUACGGCGCUGGUGACGGGUACCGGCUCACCGAGGACAAGGGCUGCCUCCUCCUCGGCUGGCAGGAUCGCGCCAUCAUCGCUGCCUCCGCGUGGCGGUGCUGA